CUGUCCUUGGAGCAGCGCCAGAGCCCCAGGAGAUACCAGAAGGAUUCGGGCUCGCCGAUUGGCUGCUGGGAUUGGCUGUUAGACAAAGCAGCCAGUCACCGGGCGCUGGGCACCUUCCUGAGCUCCAGUUGGUGGGAGCCUCCAGUGUGCGAGUCGGCUCUGAAAGUGGGACAGAAAGGUCUUCGGCUGCCCAUGGGCACCUUGGGAUCAUUUCGCUUUCCUGGCCCGCUGACCAGAAUGUGCCCCAUGCCUUGGGCACGCCAGCCCCGGGAGAAGCCGUCAUUGCUGUCCCUGGUAGCAAGAGUCCCUCCGGUCCAGGUGGCGGGCAAGAAGGACCAGCCUGCCCAGCUCUCCCUGGAAGAGAGUGACCUUGAAGAGCAGUUUGUGAAAGGACAUGGUCCAGGGGGCCAGGCAACCAACAAGACCAGCAACUGCGUGGUGCUGAAGCAUGUGCCCUCGGGCCUAGUCGUCAAGUGCCAUCAGACGAGGUCCGUCGAACAGAACAGGAAGCUGGCUCGGAAAAUCAUGCAAGAGAAACUGGACAUUUUCUACCACGGGGAAGAGAGUCUCGCCUACAGAGAAAGACGCGCAGCAGAGAAGAAGAAGCAGGAAAGGAAAAAGAGAGCGAAGGAAACCCUGGAAAAGAAGAGACAGCUGAAGCAACUCUGGGAGUCAAGUAAGAACUCCAUGGCGGAAACAGCAGGCUCUGAGUGAGGAGCCGCCGGAGCCUUUCAAGGAAGAACAGGGGGGUCCCUCCCCCGCGUGGCUACAGGGCUUCCAAAGCAGUGUUUGAUGCGUUUAAAGUGUCAAAUUGUUUUACGUGGCAGACUGAAUAAACUGGAUAGAGAUGUUCUUAAAUAAACCUGAGAGAAACGCAG